UGUCUGCAGUCUUUCAGAAACGCGUGCUAGUGAGGAGUGAGGAAGCGGGGGCGAGUGUGAAGGGGGAAAAAGAGGGUAGAUAGAGAGCCAGCCAGCUGAAGCCUGUGCUUAAGUCUGAGGGAUUUAUUAAACGGACCAGCAUACGUUUGUCCUGUAAUUUCCUGAGUUUAGCUGGUUAAAAUCUUUUUCUCCCCUCCUCCCAGCCUUCUGUUCGCUGGUGUACAGGCACUCCAUUCUGAUCCAUUGCAAUGCAGGUCGAGCUGAGCUGAACGCAUUACACUGAGCUGUAACAACCGACGAGCUGAUCUUAUCUCUUAUGUCUGAAUUAAACAAACACAAGGACUGUUUUUUUAUUUAGUGGAGCAAGCGUCCAGGCUGUUUUUUGCAGGGUAUCUCAAUGGAGAGCUGCGGUCGGGACUCUCCCGGGAGCUGGAAUAGGAUUUAAAGGAUCUUGUUUUGUUUUUUUUCUCAUCUCCAGAAAGUCGACGCAAAUCUGAGAUCGAGCCAGAAGUCUCAUUAUGGAUUUCAACAAACUGGCAGCUUUGUGGAUCGUCUGCUUGUACUUGCUCGGGGACUGUCGUGCCGACAAGCUCGGACAAGAGUCCCAGCAACUCGACAACGAGCUGUGCCGCAUCGACGAGCCGCUCUGCCAAGACGAAAAUGCCAUCCUCAGUUUCGAGGCCAUCCGGAGCAUUCACAAGCAGAUGGACGACGACGCCAACGGGAACGUGGACGUCGCGGAGACUGAUGGGUUCUUGAGAGAGGACCUGAACUACCAUGACCCCAAAGCCAAGCACAACAGUUUUCAUGGUGACGACCAGUUCAUCAGUGUGGAGGACCUGUGGAACGCAUGGAAGAGCUCAAAUGUCUAUAACUGGACAGUGGACGAGGUGGUGAAAUGGCUGGACACCUACGUGGAGCUGCAGCAGUACGUGGAGGCUUUCCGCAAAAUGAACUUCAACGGCACAUCCAUGCCUCGUCUGGCUGUGAAGAACUCGACUCUCACAGUGUCCGUGCUGAAGAUCCUGGACCGCAGUCACACUCAGAAACUUCAGCUGAAGGCCUUGGACACUGUCCUGUUUGGAGCACCAAUGAUGAACAGCCACAACCACUUAAAGGACUUCAUGCUGGUGGUGUCGAUUGUUAUCGGUAUGGGUGGCUGCUGGUUUGCUUACAUCCAGAACCGCUACUCCAAAGAUCACAUGAAGAAGAUGAUGAAAGACCUGGAAGGCUUACAGAGGGCUGAGCAGAGCCUCCAUGACCUCCAGCAAAAGCUGCGAAUCGCUCAGGAGGAGCACCGCACGGUGGAGGUGGAGAAGGUAAACCUGGAGCAGAAACUCCGGGACGAGAUUAACUCCGCCAAGCAGGAGGCUCAGCGGCUGCGGGAGCUGCGGGAGGGGACGGUGAACGAGCUCAGCCGGCAGAAAUACGCUGAGGAAGAGCUGGAGCAGGUACGCAUGGCCCUGAAGAAGGCUGAGAAAGAGCUGGAGUCACGCAGCAGCUGGUCUCCUCCUGAAGCUCUGCAGAAAUGGCUGCAGCUCACACAUGAGGUGGAGGUGCAGUACUACAACAUCAAGAAGCAGAACGCUGAGAGACAGCUGCUGAUCGCCAAAGAGGGGGCAGAGAAAAUAAAAAAGAAGAGGAACACGCUGUUCGGGACGUUUCACGUGGCCCACAGCUCCUCACUAGAUGAUGUGGAUCAUAAAAUCCUGUCGGCUAAGCAGUCUCUGGCUGAGGUAACAGCUGCCCUGCGAGAGCGUCUUCAUCGGUGGCAGCAUAUCGAGAUGCUGACCGGUUUCACAGUAGUGAAUAAUCCGGGUCUGCCCUCACUGGCCUCCGCCCUCAACCUCGACCCCAGCUUCAUGGGCGGCCGCGGCACGCCGCAGCCCUUUAUCAUGUCGGAAGACAUGGACGACAUGGACGAGGACAUCGUGGCACCCGGACCUCUGCAAUCUCCCAGUAUGAUGUCUCUUCGCCAGAGGCACAUUGACCCACAGCUGGCCAUGGGCUCUCAGAGGUUGGUAGAGAGCAGCCACACGGCCGGAGGGCAUCAGGGGGAGGGCAGUUCAUACCCGCCGUCCUGGCCUAGGCCCAACCUGCGCCAGUCUCACGGGCAGGUUGAUACGCUGGGCCUCGCUGUCUCGCACCCCUCCAUUUUCUGCGCUUCCUCUCCUCCCUAUUCCUCCACCUCCUCUUCCUCCUUCUCGUCCUCUACUCCUCAUUCCUGCGUCUAUCACUCGUCUUUCCAGCCAUUGGACCCCAUUCCAGACUCUUCCCCUCGUCAAAGUAGACGCUAUGGGGAUUUGAACCGCUCCGAUUCGGACUCCUCCCUGUCCGUAUCUCAGACCAGCGAACAGCUGCGCCUGUCGUUGAGCUCCAAGACUCCUCCCAUGAAGCCCACGUCUCUCAUCCAGGGUUCCUACUCGCGCUCCGAGGAGUCGGCUCCCUUCCACACCCCCAACGGAGGAAACCGAGUCACCGACUCUGGCGUCUCUCCCGACGGAGGCUCGGACAGCCCCAUCCUGAUGAAAAAGAUCUACGGCAUGGAGAAGUCCGCCAGCAUGAGCGAGAUCCACGGCUCCAUGUCGGAAUCGUCACGCUCCUUAAGCCAGAACUCGACCGAGCCGGACACGCCGUCUCCUACGGCGCUUCCCGGGAUCGCGGUGUUGAAGAGCGCGGGCCGCAUCCCUCAGAUCUCGACGAAGAAAAGCCCGCUGGAGGAAGACAGCGCCUCCACAGGAGAAGACACUGACUCCACGAGCCGCAAGAAACACACCCCGUUCAAGAUCUUCAAGAAGCAGAAGAAGUAACGAGGGUUUAGUUUACAGACUGCUCGAAAAAAGAUGCAUCUGUACUCCAUUAUUAUAAUGGAUGGCCCGAUUAUUUAUCUAGUGGCACACGCGAAUGCCUUGGCGAGGAGUUUGUAGGUACUUCUCAUAGGGGACUUCAGGAAGGCGUCCUUGUUGUUUUUAUUUCUCUCGUUCUCAGUCGUUUUUGUUUUUCUUCAGAGCAUUUAACUCCGGGAUGUCAGUGGGAUGUGGGAAUGUAAAGUUAUUUAUUCUACAGCGGGCAGUGCCACAUCUGUAUCUCCUCGGACUCUUGCUGUUUUCCCCGUACACUCCUGAUCCGCUUGCAUGUCUUGGCUGAAUUUUUCGAAUGCUCUUAAACGCUUGCUUGGUUCUCGUGUCCCUCAGCUCGAACACACAUUACCAGGUGUUCUCUUUUCUGAAAGCCCACUUUGUGUUUUGAUGUUUUGUCGUCUUGUUGUUGUUUUUUGUUGUUGUUUUUUUUGUGUGUGUGUGUGUGUCCUGGGAAAUUUUUAUUAAUGAACACUUUAAAGCAGUGUGUGUGAUCAGUGCUAGUCAAAGGCCAGGGGAGCAAAAAAAAAAAGAAUAAAAUAAUAAGAAAAGGGCUGAAUCAUGUUUGUGAAACCCUCCUUAAAUCUCGUUGCACUACUGAUGAAUGUUAGUGAAUUGGUUUUGCAGUAAUUUAAAGAGUACCUUUUUUUUUUUCUUUCUUUUUUUUUUUAUUUAUAAAUAUGUCGAGCAUUUCUGAGGAUAACAAAAGUGAAAAUGGUCUUGAUCAUUCCACCUCAUCUUAAAGGACCACGUGCGCUGUGGGUGGUGCUUAAAUGCACCACAUGAUUGCUUGCUUGGCACUGAUUUGUGAUUUAUUUUUUAUUUAAUUUUUUUAUUUUCUCUACCGUGGAUUGAAAGAAGGGUUUGGAUUGUCUGUUAUAAUUGACCGUCUAAACGGGUGUUAAAGCUGAAUCCAUGCCUUGUAGACUAGACCGAAAUGUAUCCCUAAAGUGUCUUGUACUGUAUUUUGACGGCAGAGAAACUAACAUUGUUUUAAAAAAAAAAAAUUAAAAAAGCAACAAUCGUCUGUAUUAAAGUUCCAGCUCAUGUAUUUAAAAACGACGAAGUGCCAAACCAAAGACGGAUUCCACCAAAUUAUAAAGUUAACAUGUUGAUUAAAACUGGUGUGGUGUUUAUACGGUAAGUCUGUCUCUAAUAGCUCGAAGUCAGAGGUUUUUCGGCAACACUUUGCUUAAACAUGGUGUUCAUAAGGCUGUGCAGCCCUUCUGUAAGCCCCGUGACAGCUGAAAUACACAUUUAUUCAACAUUUCUAAAAGCUAACUCCAACAGGUGUCCACUGUUAUAAGGUUUGGUAUCGGCUGUUAUAAAGGUGACAUAAUUAAAGACGAUAAAGUCGACACAAAGUCGACUGUUGUAACGUUGACAUCAAACAAGGCACUGACGUAACAAGGUGUCCGGUGUUAUCAAGUUAAUGAUAUUGAGUCUUUAUUGGUCAUGUAUACAUUACAGCACAGUGAAAUUCUUUUCUUCGCAUACCCCAGCAUGUUAGGAAGCUGGGGUCAGAGCGCAGGGUCAGCCAUGAUACAGCGCCCCCUGGAGCAGAGAGGGUUAACGGCCUCGCUUAAGGGCCCAACAGUGGCAGCCUGGCAGUGCUGUGCGAUCAGUAACCCAGAGCCUUAACCGCCAAGCCACCACUGCCCCAAGUUGACAUAACGAAGUGUCACCGGUCAUACAAUUUGCUAAAUUGACAUAAUGAGGGGCUUAGCUGUUUAUAAAGAUUUAAAUAAAGUUCACAUAACAAGGUGCGUCUGCUAUAAAGUCGACUUAACGACGAGUCGGCUGUCUGUUCACGAUGUUGGCAUAACGAGGUGUCCGCAAAAUCGACGCGUAGAGUUGUAGGGAAGUUGACAGAAGGUGCUUCCGCUACGUUGGCUGUUCUAGAGCCGACGUAACCCCUAAAACGAGUUACGUCGGCUUUUGUCAUAAACCUGUUACGACUUUGUAGCUCCGUGUACUUGUAUGUACUGUUAUGACACGUACAUAAUGCUAUGUCAAGUGAGGUUAAGUGAAUCUCAUAUUUCUGCUUAGAUGAUGUUUAUGGAUAGUUGACAUAAGACUAAUGACGUAAGGACUAAUGACGGGAUUAUGAAUAUGUUCUGUCACUUAAGUUGAUUUUCACUCAGUUGUACUUUUUUUCUUUAAAAAAAAAAAAAAAUAGAGUUUUGAUCUUUGACAUCAGUCAGUUGUAAUAACAGUCAUAACACUAUACAGUUCACAUGACGGGGCGGUGUUCAGUGAAACUGACAGCAGAAUUGUACGCUUUAUGACCGCUGAUAUCAGUUGGAAGAAGCCUUUAUAAAUAUUUAUUUAGGUUUUCAUCAAUUGUUAUGAAGAUCUUGCGUAGGUUUCGUUUUAUUUUGUUGUUUUUUUUUGUUUGUUUGUUUGUUUUUGUUUUUUGUAUCUCAAUGAACACCAUCCUUAAGUCAAGUGUUCCCCCAAGGUUUGUUUACAUGAAAGCGUGUUUUAAAAAUGAAAUUGCCAGCUGAGGCAGGUUUUUUUGUUGUUGUUUUUGUUGUUGUUUUUUAAACUACAUUGUCAGUGUGUUUAGUUCUCCUUUACUGUCUCUAAUGUCUACAUGUCUCCGGGCUCAUGAGGCUGCUUCAAGGAGGACUAGAACUUAUUUUGAUGCUAAAUUCAGUGCUCAGCUCUGACACGCAGAGCAUCGGCGCUAUGCGUUUUCCCCGCACAACCCUACAUGUUUUACAGACCACUGUAUCGUUCACGUAUUCGGUUCCCCAGAGUCUUGGACUAACCAAAGCAAGCGCUGCAUGAGACACCAGUUCCUCAGACAUGGACCUAUUGAUGGAUAUUUUUUUUUUUUUUUUUUUUUUUAAAUAAAUGGUGAAAGAUGGUACGGAUGUAAAAGUCUAACAUAACAAAUGUAUACCAGUCAAAAACAGGAAUGCACUCUUGAUCAAAUGUGACCAUGCAUCAUUUGUACCUCUUUGCACGAAGACGCUAUAAAAUGACUUUUUGGUGUG